AUGAAGACACCCACAGUCUUGGUUCUGGUGGCUUUGAUCACCAUAGUGAUGGACAUUCCCUGUGCUCUAUCUUCUACCAAAGGGUUACAGAAAUCUGGAGCUUGUCCCAAGCUACCUCCAGAUACUUUUGGAACUUGUGUUGAGAGAUGCUCGGGAGAUGGAUCAUGCCCUGGGGAAAUGAAGUGCUGCAGCAAUGGGUGUGGUCAUGUCUGCAAAUCUCCUGUCUUUGAAGGUCGGGAUGUGUCCAUGAGAAAGGAGCUGGACGAAAUGGCAGCAGGACGCUGGGAUACAUGA